GUCGGCCGGCUGGGUUACGCAGGAGCCGCCGCCAGCAGGAGCAGCAGUUAGCAGAGAGCUUUGACGCGCAUCUCCAGAGAAGCAGCAGCAGCCCGUUGCAAGUAACCGGGAGCGAAAGGACGCGGAAGCCACCUGGACGGGAGAAGAGGGCAAGGACGACGACGGGGCGCCGGGGAACGACGGAGGGGGUGAAGGGAAAAGGCGAGGAGCCCGGGGGAAGGAAGGGCACAGAAAGCCGGGACUUGGCCCGGGCUCGGAAGCGGAUGGAUCCGUUUGCUCGCUCGCUGCAAGAGAGGGCGGGAAAGCCCGGGCAGCUCCUGCUCCCCCACGUGCCGAACGGCUUGUAAUCCGCCUUGGGUUUCUUCUCCGAGCGCGCCAGUCGCUAGCAAGCAGCAAGUGCGGCGGCUCGCUUUUCUUCCGCGCUUCAGCAUGAAGUAACGAGGACGGCAAAGUUUGGCGCGCAGUGGCGGCGGCGGCGCGCCUUCGAGGUGACGAGGCCGCCAUGUCGGCCCCCGCCGGCUUGGACUUCGCGGCGGUGGAAAGUUUCCUGGACAGGCACCCGGAGCUGGUGGAGAAGUGGCUGAAGAGGAGGAGCUCCCUCCUCGCCCAAGCGGCUCCCGAGGCGGAGGAGCGGCCGGGCCACAGCAGCAACGGCACCCCGACGGCGCUGGGCGGCCCCGGCUCCUCUUUGGCGAAGGGCGGCCCCGUGGCCCCUCCGGAGACGGCGGCCGGCGGCCUGCAGCGCCGAGCGUCGCAGAAGGAGCUCCGGCGCAGUUUCGCGCGCUCCAAGGCCAUCCACGUGAACCUGACUUACGACGAGCACGUCCACGCGCGGGCGCAGGAGCCGCUGAGCAGCGCGCGGAGAAGGGCGCUGCUGAGGAAAGCCAGCUCGCUGCCGCCCACCACGGCGCACAUCCUGAGCGCGCUGCUGGAGUCCCGGGUGAACCUGCCGCAAUACCCGCCCACCGCCCUGGACUACAAGCGCCACCUCAAGGAGCACAACGAGCGGCAGUUCUUCCUGGAGCUGGUCAAGGACAUCUCCAACGACCUGGACCUGGGCGCCCUCAGCUACAAGAUCCUCAUCUUCGUGUGCCUCAUGGUGGACGCCGACCGGGGCUCGCUCUUCCUGGUCGAAGGCGGCGCCGCCGCCGGCAAGAAGAGCCUGGUCUCCAAGGUCUUCGACGUGCACGCCGGCACCCCGCUGCUGCCUUGCUACAGCACCGAGAACUCCAACGAGGUGCAGGUCCCCUGGGGCAAAGGGAUCAUCGGCUACGUGGCCGAGCACGGAGAGACCGUCAACAUCCCCGACGCCUACCAGGAUCGCCGCUUUAAUGACGAGAUUGACAAACUAACUGGAUACAAGACCAAGUCAUUGCUUUGCAUGCCCAUAAGAAACAGUGAGGGUGAAAUUCUUGGCGUUGCCCAAGCGAUAAAUAAAACACCUGGAGGUGCUCCUUUCACCGAUGAUGAUGAAAAAGUAAGAUAUUUUUUCCUUUUUGCUUGGCAAAAGGGAAUGUUGAUAGGUGAUGAUACGUAUGAUAUAGAGAAAGUGCUUGCGAACAAACUCUUCAUAGCAUGGCUGAGAGUGGCUUUUGUCAUAUUUUGUGGCUUGGGCAUCAACAAUACAAUAAUGUAUGACCAAGUGAAUAAAUCCUGGGCAAAACAAUCUGUGGCUCUUGAUGUGCUGUCUUACCAUGCGACAUGUUCAAAGGCAGAAGUGGACAAAUUUAAGGCAGCAAACAUUCCACUUGUGUCAGAGCUUGGCAUAGACAACAUCCAUUUUGACGACUUCUCCCUCGACACGGACGCCAUGAUAACUGCAGCCCUCCGGAUGUUCAUGGAGCUUGGAAUGGUGCAGAAAUUUAAAAUUGACUAUGAGACGUUGUGUAGGUGGCUUUUGACAGUGAGGAAAAAUUACCGAAUGGUCCUGUACCACAACUGGAGGCACGCUUUCAAUGUCUGCCAGCUCAUGUUUGCCAUGUUAACUACAGCAGGAUUUCAGGAGAUUCUGACAGAAAUUGAAAUUUUAGCGUUGAUUGUGGGAUGUUUGUGCCAUGACCUUGACCACAGAGGAACAAACAAUGCCUUUCAAGCAAAGAUUGGAUCUGCCUUGGCUCAGCUCUACGGGACUUCUGCUACUCUGGAGCACCAUCAUUUUAACCACGCUGUCAUGAUUCUUCAGAGUGAGGGUCACAACAUCUUUGCUAACUUGUCCUCCAAGGAUUACAGUGACCUUAUGCAGCUUCUGAAGAAGUCAAUAUUGGCAACAGACCUCACUCUCUAUUUUGAGAGGAGGACUGAGUUUUUUGAACUUGUCAACAAAGGUGACUACAACUGGAAUGUUAAGAGCCAGCGGGAGAUAUUUCGAUCAAUGCUAAUGACAGCCUGUGACCUUGGAGCUGCGACCAAACCGUGGGAGAUUUCAAGACAGGUUGCCGAACUGGUAACAAGCGAGUUCUUUGAACAAGGAGACAGAGAGAGAUCUGAGCUCAAACUCACUCCUUCUGCUAUUUUUGAUCGGAACAGGAAAGAUGAACUGCCUCGAUUGCAGCUGGAGUGGAUUGAUAGCAUCUGCACGCCUCUCUAUCAGGCUUUGGUGAAAGUGAAUGGGAAACUGAAGCCUAUGAUGGAUUCGGUGGUGGCCAAUAGAAAUAGGUGGGAGGAGCUGCACCAAAAAAGACUGCAUUCCCAGGCAACCAGCACCACCACCACGUCCUCGCCGUCCUCUUCCUCCACCUUUGCCAUGUCUCGGGGGGUCAUAAAUUAAGUCGGCACAUGUUUUCCUGCUGCUAGGAUAGGAGGUGUCGGAAAAGCUUGUUUAAAGCUUAGUUGCGUCAUUUUAAAACAAACAAAACAAAUGCUUUGUCACAAACAUGCUUAAUUCAAAUGAAGACAACCCGGCUGGUUUAGGCCUUUUUUUCUCCUGGAAUUUCACUUGGUCUGAAGGGAGGAUCUGCAAUUCUGUUGGUAUCUUCAGUGACAUGAGCAGCUUGGUGCAGCCCGCAUUCGGUCAGCUUAUUUCAAGCUGCUGUUUUGAAAGAUGGCAAACAUGGUCAUAAAGGACUGGCGUAAAUGAAGCUUACAGCUUAGUUUAAUUAAGAGAGAGCAUGGCUGAAAUUUUGUAAAAAUGACUGAGGCAUCUGCAAGGGGCUCGGGGGGCGGGGCGGGAGAGAAUAGUUUGUAAUAAUAACUUGGGUUUGCACUAAUUCAGCAUUUACUGAUAUGAACCAGUUAUUACCUGCACUUCUCAUAGUUAUCCUUUUUAUUGUGCUUGAAUGUUCAGAGAAGCCUGCAUUGUAUUUAUUCUACAGGAGGGGUUUUUGGUUGUGUGUGCUUUUUUUUACAACAAAGCUUCAAAUGAUUGAUCGGGGUUUUUAGAACUGCCUGUCUUUGCUCUAUCGAAGAGGAGAUAUGAACUUCAUUACAUUCAAAAACACCAACCUGUUCUGGCUUCCUUAAGACUUUCGUACUAGCAAUGCAAUUUGAAUUGUUCUGCAGGCAGAAGCUUCUAUAAAGGUAAAAAUUCUGCAUGGUAAUUUGGGUUCCUUUAGAAUUUUGUUUUAAACAUUUUUAAAGCUGCUUUGCGCCCUAAGAAAAAAACCAAUGGUAUUUCAUGAAAAUUACAUAAUAAAAAUGAAAUCUGUUGCCUUCUGGUAGAGAAUUUGCACUAUACGGUAUGAACAUGGCUUUCUAGUAUAUUUUCUGAAUCACAUUAACUUUGACUAUUACUGUUAAAGAUUGGUAUGACACUGGAGUAUGUCACAAAUGGAGCAAUGACUACCUCUGCUUUUUUCUGGCCAGGUUGGUUUUAGUUUUUUUAACAAUAACAUGUUGGCCUCAUCCAUUAUUGCAGCCAACCAAAAUCAAGUCAAAAAUUGCAUGUACUGAGGAUACAGUGAACGUUUUGCAUAUUGUGUGAAAUCAGUGUGAUUCAUGUUUAAUACCGAAAUACAUCAGUGGAGUUGCCUGCACUGGAAAUGAAUGCUCUUUUAUUUAAGCACAUCAUAUUUAGCAAAAUUUCAGUACUGCUGGAAUGGCAUUGCUGCUCCUGAAUCACAUCCUCUUCCCUAGUUAGCAUUCGAAUUACAUGGUCUGUUCAGGUUCAUUUCAUACAACCAGUUACACGUGUUGGCCUGGAUGUACCAGCAAGCAAUGCUCACCACAUGGAGAAUGUGUCGUGCGAUUGCUUCACCAAACGACCAGACCCCAACUCUUAAUUAUGUGAGCUGGGUGUUCACUGAAGAGACCAGGUAGCUUUACCUCUGCAUCUUCUACGCUGCAUACAAAGCCACACAACUCACAUUCUUAGCAUGCCAGCUUGGACCUCUGAAUUGACAGGAUUACUGUUGGCUACCUGGGAUUUUCGUACAGAAUGGUGGCUGCCUGUACUUUCUGUUGUUAUCACCCUCCCAGGGUGGUAGUACACAUGGCACUGUCUUAAGUACUCAGAAGUAUAGAUUUUUGUAAAAGGGGGAGGGGGUUCGGAAGGAACCAAACCACUUGACAAGAACCUGUUUCCAGGAUUUCCGGAAUGGGGGAUGGAGAGGAGAGUAGGGGAAGCAGAAAUGAAAAUACACAGGUAGGCUGUCAGGCUGUUAAUUAAGUCUUUGGCCACCACAGCAGCUGAGACACAAGUGCCAGCUGAACACAGAACAAAAAAAAAAAGGAAUGGGAAUCGGCAGACGAGAGAGAAAUUACCUCUCUUUCUGUUCCCCAUUUCCCCUUUUCAAUCUUCUUAACAGUAAGCAUCCUGGAGGAAGAGAUUGGGGGGGGGCACCACAAAGUUAAACACCCACCCACCCCACACACUAUAUGUUUCAGAAGAGCAAAGGAAUGAGGAUCCUUUUUCCUGUGCCCAUGCAUAAUAGUAAAUGCUCAGGUUUGGAGGCUGUCAGCCCUCGCUAGAGCUAUAUAGCACAACAGGGGAAAGCUCCCCCACCAAGCCUUGAAACAUCCACAGCCCUACUCAGCUUGAACUCUCCCUACAUGGCAGGGGGCCAUGCAUCUUUGUGUGUUCUCUGUGCUAGGAUGCGCUGCACUUGCUCUCAUUAAGGGCCAGCCCAGCCAGUGUAGAAAAGGUAGGAGGAGUUGCCCAACUGCAAGUGUCCCCAGCUGCAGCAUUCUACUUACCCAUAGGAAGGAAUAGCGACCAUUCAGUUAUAUGGGAGAAAGGAAAGGGCUACUUAUGUGAAGGACCUCUAAUAAGUUGGAUCAGAUGGAGAAAACAGUAGGGCUCAGAUAUCCCACUUCUUUUCUCUCCUCUUGGACCAUACCCCUAUGGUGCAGGCAGGACAGCUUUUUAGCCUCAUGACAUGCAACUGCCCAACUCUUAAGUCUCCCCACCCCGUCUUUCUAGGAUAUUUACUAAUGUAUAAACCUUCAAUCGUUUAGUCAUGCUAUACAGUAUUCUUCUUUCACCCGCCCCUUUCCCUUCUCUCUGACACCUCCACAUUCUUCCUUGAAGCUGGGGUUUAAAUUUGGGCAAUCAUAGAAAUAUUAGUAAUUUAGGGGGGGAAUAGUUAUAUGUAAGUCCAGCAAAUCAAAGGGAAAUGUACCAAGGCAGUUUCCCUAAUGUCACAGUAGUUGCAUAUAAGCACUUGUUGGGGUUUUUUUUUACAGUGGUGUCCUGGGUGAAAGGAAGAGUGUUCACCCUCUUCUAAUGCAGAAUCCAGCAGAACGUUCACGGCUGUAUUGUGCAGCUGCAGAGGGUUUUGUGUGUAUGCAGAUAGAGCUUGUUGGCUGUACUAUAUAGGUAUGUUGGUUUCAAAUUGUCGCUAACUACAGUAAGCAUCAAAUGCAGACAUGUCUGGUUUCUCAGUUGAAGAGAGGUGCUAUAGCCUUUACUCAAUGAAACGUAGUUUCUGUCUAGAAAUCUUAGCAAUCUGAAUGCUGCAAUAUGAAACGUACUGCUUGUUCUCUGUCAGUGUCUUCUGAAUGCAUGCCAAUCUGUAUUAAACAUACUUCUUAUAUUAGGAUUUCAGAAUCUUAAAACCGCCUGACUUAAGAAAACAAGGUGCUAUGUUCAUCCACUUUUGAAGGGCCCGCAAACAUUGUAGACGAAUUGCAUUGCAGAAACAUCAGUGGGAAUGAAUCCUGAAUUACGAUGUUGCGGACACAGAUUUAAGACUGGAGGGAGGAGCAGAGAUUUGCCACAUCCUGUAUAGCACAAAGUUCACAAAAGAAUUUUUGGAAAUCUGUUUAUAUUACCGGAUGAUCUUCAAACCUUAAUAUUAUUUUGUUUGUAGUAAUGUUUGAAGAAUGAAAUGAACAAUGUUAUUUUAACAAAAAUGCAAAACAGCUAAAUUCUUUUGCCAAAGAGCAGACAAGGAAUGGGGAAAUCCAUGUUACUUGCUACAGAGAUGAAUACUUGCACUGUUUGAACUUGUUUUUGUUACCUCUCCACUACCUCCCCUCCCCUUUUCUUCCCCAAUAAUAAAUAAAGAACUGGGAUGGCAUGCUUUAAACCACA